CCCGCACGAGGAAGUGGAAAGGCAGCCCAGGCUCGGCGCGCGCGGAGGACUAGAGCGAUGCGGCUCGCGACCGUCUUGCGGGGUUGGCGGGAGCACUUCGACUUCCGCGGCCUGGAGGUGGCCCGAUGGUUCCCCGGACACAUGGCCAAAGGGCUGAAAGACAUGAAGAGCCGAUUGCGUGCGGUGGAUUGCAUCCUGGAGGUGCACGAUGCUCGCAUCCCAUUCUCUGGCAGGAACCCACUAUUGUACGAAGCCCUGGGAAUCCGUCCACAUUUGUUGGUGUUGAACAAAAUGGACCUAGCAGAUCUCACCCACAAACCAGAGGUUCUAAAACGUUUGGAACAGCAAGGUUUUAGACACGUUGUCUUCACAGAUUGCCUGAAAGAUGAAAAUGUCAUGAAGAUUGUUCCCCUUGUCACUGAACUCAUAAGCAACAACCAACGUUAUCAGAGGUCUGAGAAUGUGGAGAGUUGCAUCAUGGUCAUUGGUGUGCCAAAUGUCGGGAAAUCAUCAGUCAUCAAUUCAGUGAGAAGACGGCACCUCAAAAAAGGAAAGGCUUCAGUGGUUGGUGGGACACCAGGUAUUACCAGAGCUGUUCUCACCAAAAUCCAGGUCUGUGACCGACCCCUUAUAUUCUUAUUGGAUACUCCUGGGGUACUGUCUCCUCAGAUUGAGUCUAUUGAGACUGGGCUAAAACUAGCACUUUGUGGAGCAAUUAAGGAUCAUCUAGUAGGUGAGGAGAUUAUUGCUGAUUAUCUGCUUUACACACUGAACCAUCAGAAGCAAUUCAGUUAUGUAGAACACUAUGGACUUCCCGAUCCAUGUGAUAAUGUGGAGAUGGUACUCAAGAGUAUUGCGCUGCACCUUGGCAAGACCCAGCGAGUCAAGGUACUGACUGGCACAGGAAAUGUGGUUAUGACAUCUCCCAAUUACAAAGCAGCAGCGUGUGAGUUUAUCCAUUCUUUCCGCAAGGGACUUCUAGGGAAGGUAAUGCUUGACCAACUUGAGUAGAUUUCUGUAUAAUGCUGGACUGAAGGAUCAUUUUAGAAAGUUGUGUCUGGGGCAGAAAGCAUCAUCAUGCAGCUGAGCAAGACUACAGGGACUUUGCUUCGAUCUAAUACACAUGGAUUCUAUACCACUAUUGACAAUUUUCAUCUGCUCUUUGCAAACAGUUUCUGUAGUAUCCUGAGGAUCAGUAGUCCAUAGCAAAGAACAUUUGUAACCUCCAUCACUAGUUUCUGAAGUAUUAAUUCAAGCCACCUUAGAAAUGUAGCUAAGAAAUACUUUCAGUAAAUAAAAUGAGUAAGAAACACUUAUUCUUCCUUUUUCUGUAUGCCAUGCUAUGCGAUUGGCUGUGCGUUAGAGUAUAUUGUAUCAUGGUGAUACAUUGCAAAAAUGUGCCAUCAGGAGCAGCACUUUUUUGAAGUGCAUAAUGAAAGAGUGGCAGUGGGCCCAAGGAUGUUGAUCAUUUCCUGGUCAGGUUUAGACAUACUGGGACUCAAAACUCCUGCAGGGGUGAAAGAUCAAUUAUGGGAUGAUCUGUUCCAUGACGUUGGGGGAUUGGAUGGAUUCCUGAUGAAGAGUUUCUUGUCACCUUUUUGCAAGCAAUUCUGUUGAAGCUCUGGCUGAUCUCUGGAAUGGGAAAAUGGCCAGACUAGAGAGAUGGUGGUGGAAAACUUGAGCAUGGGGUUAGAGUGGAUUUGAAAGCCUUCUCUGUGGCAAUGAGGGCAGCAAAAAGAAAUCAUUUUUGCUUCCACCAUUGCAUCUAUAAAGAACUGCCCAGCAGUGCUGUUUUAAGUCCUCAGAGGGUAUCUGAGCAAUGCUUCCUUUCAUGUCCACCUAUCAUUACGAAUCAGGCAUCAAUUCAAUAUUUUCUUGUACCAAAAUAAAUGCUUGUAGCUAUGUCCAAUAUUUUCUUGUACCAAAAUAAAUGUUUGCAGUUCUAUUUAUUAAAA